AUGGCGAGUUUCGAUACUACGCCAAUUUUGUACACCUAUUAUCGCAGUUCCUGUUCAUAUCGAGUUCGAAUUGCAUUAAAUUUGAAAAAUAUUCCCUAUAUAAGUCACUCGGUUAAUACUCUCAGAGGCGAAACAUUAAGCGAGGAACAUAAAAAACUCAAUCCAAAAUGUGAAAUUCCUGUACUUAUUAUUGAUGGAAAAAAAUUUCUUCAAUCUAUUCCUAUCAUUGAAUAUAUUGAUGAAACAUAUCGAGUUCAAUCUCAACUUUUACCAGAAGAUUCUUAUCAACGUUAUCAGGCUCGUUUAAUUAGUGAAAUUAUUGCAUCUGGUACUCAGCCGUUUCACAGCACAAGCGUUCUCAAACGUAUUGGCGAAGAGAAAAACGCUGAAUGGACAUGUCCUUAUAUUAAACUAGGUCUUGAUGCGGUAGAAAAGGCUCUUGAAGAAUCAGCAGGACGAUAUUGUGUUGGCGAUCAAAUAUCAAUAGCUGAUUGUUGUCUGGUACCUGAACUCUAUUUUGCACGGCUAUUUAAAGUUGAUUUAACUGCAUAUCCUAUAAUGACAGCUAUUGAAGAAAGAUUAAAUGAACUUCUUGAAUUCAAAGCUGCACAUCCAAAUCGCCAACAGGAUUGUCCUGAAGAAGAAAAACUAAAAUCCUAA